GAAUGUUCUUUUUAAAAUUUAUUCCUUCUUUGAGAUUUUUCAUUGGUAUUAUAAUUAUAGAUAAUAUUUCCUUCUUAUCAAAUCAAACAAUGUCAGACGAUAUUCGUUCGACAAUAACAGAUCAAAUCUUAGAGAUGGUAUUACAAAGCUACGACAUUAAAGAACUGACGAAACCGACUAUAAGCUUUUGUUACAUAACACAAUUCGAUUAAAAAAAGUUUGAGUACACAGUGAAAAUGCACUUUGCGUGCACACGAUUCCGAGAAAUAAUUUACAAGUUUAUUCAACUGUUCUGAAACAACUCCAACCGACAGGAAUCGAUCAGCGAACAAGUACCUAAAAAACUUGCGCCGGAGUCCCCACGCAUUGACUUUUGAUGCAUUAAUAGUCUCUACGAUCGCAAUGACGACUACAUUUCACGAUGACGGACCAGCCCGUGACAAUAGGAGCAAGCGCUAAGGCCAAUAGUGACUACGGUCUCCAACUGAAUCGAUGGUUCCUAAAACCAAUCGGUGUAUGGCCGACGUUUCCCUCCACUACGAGAUUCGAGAAGAUAGUUUCGAUUACAUUAAACGUCAUUUGCUACACUUCGAUACUACUCACUACGAUUCCUUGUUUGGUACGCAUGUUUUUGGAAGACGAGAGUAUUUAUUUGAAACUGAAAUCUCUAGGUCCCGUGAGUCAUUGGGUCGUCAGUGGCGCGAAUUACACUACUUUACUACUGCGGAGCAAAGAUAUACGUCAGUGCAUGGAACACAUGGAAGCUGACUGGCAAACAGUGACCAGAGAGAAGGAUCAAUGGGUGAUGUUAAAGAACGCGAAAUUCGGUCGCUAUGUAGCAGCUUCGUGCGCUAUUUUCAUGCAGAGUGGCGUUAUGUGCUUUAUUUUCGUCACAGCAAUGGAUACAGUGGAGAUUCAAGUUGGAAACGAAACGAGGAUUUUACACGUGUUACCUUGUGCAGUAUACAAGACGUUGAUAAACGUCGAUGAAAGUCCAACGAACGAAAUCGUGCUCUUCUUGCAAGCGUGGUGUACUAUUAUUGCGAACUCCAGUACAGUUGGAAUGUUCAGUCUUGCAGCUGUUCUAGCUGCUCACGCGUGCGGUCAGCUGAAUGUAGUUAUGGUAUGGAUCACUGAAUUCGUGAACGAACCGAAGAAGACAGAUGGUCCUAAGGGCAUAGGAGUUAUCGUGGAGCGGCACUUGAGGACGCUGAACGUGUUAGUGAACUCUGUGACUAUGUUACGUGAUAAUUGCAGUUUCAUUGGAUACAUCGAGAAGUUGAUGAACCGAGUAUAUUUCUUAGAGAUAUUUAGAUGCACGAUGAACAUAUGCAUACUGGGUUACUACAUUCUUUCGGAAUGGGCUGAUCAAAACGUUCAAAGCCUGGUUACGUAUAUUAUGAUAUAUAUUUCAAUUGGUUUCAACGUUUUUCUAAUAUGUUAUAUAGGUGAAAUAUUGACAGAACAGAGUAAGAAGGUUGGUGAAGUAGUUUAUAUGACAAACUGGUAUUACUUACCCGAUAAAACAAUUCUCGACUUGAUUUUGAUCAUCGCGCGAUCGGGUGUGGUCGUUCAAAUCACUGCUGGAAAAAUGGUUCACAUGUCUGUCUACACAUUCGGUGAUGUGGUAAAGACCGGUUUCGCGUAUUUGAAUCUCUUACGACAAAUGACAUAAUUAAAUACAUUACUAAUUAAUUUUUUAAUUGUGUAACUUUUUGUAAACGAUAUUAUAAAAUUUAGAAUACAAACAAUAGC